UGUGUCCGCACUGUAUAAAACCAUUUUUUUUAAUUUCCUGUCUUAAUUUAAAGUCGGUACCAUUUUUUAGUGUCAAUUGCCAGCUGUGACUGCAAAGAACAAAAAAAUAGAAAUUUUAACCCAUCAAUACAAAUGAAUAGUACUGAUUUAUUAGAUCAAAUUAUUCUAUAUAGUAUAAAUUAAGACAUCACAAGAAAAUAGGGUUAGUUCAAUGGGAACAAUGAACAAAAAAGAACAUGUUACUACUAGAGAAAGUAUUAUUUCAAUUAACAGUAAACUACAGAAAAAAACAAAUAAGUUAGAUGGAGAAUACUUAAAUGGAAAAACAGUUAAACAAAGAAUAAUUGGACCAACUUGCACUGAUUGUAGAUUAAAGUGUGAUUUGCGAAUAGCAGAGCGAUUUCGUCAAGACAAUUAUUACAAGUUUUGGGGAAAAUUAAAGACAUGGGAAGAACGACGAAUCCACAUCAGACGUUUAUGUCAAGUAUUGCGAAUUCCUAACUCAGAUAAUCAGUCGCGAAAAAAAUUUUUGCGAAAAUAUUAUUUAGAACUUGAAGAUGAUUUAACAGUAGUCUGUAAAACUAUGUUUUUUAAUACAUUCGCCAUAAGCAUCAAAUUCAUUGAAACAACAUUGCUCAAAUACCCAGAAAAUACACUAGACGAAACCAAAAUAAAAGUUCUCGAUAAAAGCAAAAAUAUGAUAUCGAGAAAACCUAACUGCUUUACUUCUGAAAUGCCAAGAAAUAUUGUCUGUGACAAUAAUGACUAUGGAGUGACUGAAGCAAAGGUUUCUACAUAUAAUCUUUCAAAAGAUGAUCAAUUUGUAAAUAUACAAAAUAAAAAAGAUAUUAAAACAAUUUGUUCAUGCCCAGAAAAAUGUAACUUAAAAAUUUCCAAAGAUGUAUGUCUUAAAAUUUAUGAACAUUUUUGGUUAAAAUUAAUGUCACCAAGAGAUCGUAAACUCUUCCUAAUAAAUACCAUACAAAAAGAUAGGAACACUUCAAUAAGAACUUUUGUACUUCCAAUAAAAAAUGGUCAAGUAACAGUCUGUCAGGAAAUGUACUUAAACACUUUGGGCUUAACAGAAAAAGCUAUACAGAUUGCAGUAUCAAAUUGCAUUAGUCGAACAACAGACAGCAAACAAAUAAGUGAGUAUAAAACAAGAAAGAAUGAAGAUUAUUCAGACUUCAAUGAACUAACGUUUGAAAAUAUAGUUUUACCCAAUACGUCCUCCAAAGAAACUGCCAAAGAUUAUACACUUCCAUUCAAAAGGACUACGUUAACUAUUAGACCUCUACAACCGCCAUGUUCAUGCAAAAUGCAAUGCAAUUUCAAACUAACAGAAUAUAUUCGUCAACAAAUUCAUAGAGAGUUUUGGAACUUGCCUGCGCAGGUUGAUAAAAAGCAUUUUAUAUUAUCAACUAUUAGUACUCAAGUGUUUAGAGACAACCUUACCAAAGAAAAAAGAAAAGAAAUAAAGUAUUUUAUGUUGCCUUUGUACUAUGAUAACAUUAUAGUAUGUAGGGAAAUGUAUUUGCAAACACUUUCAAUUGAUGAAAUUUUUCUGAAAAGAACAGUUAAUGGUAUUAAUCAAGAUGGAAGUAUUGUAGAUGACGAUGAUCAUUACAACACAAAUGGAACAUUGGAGUAUGGUUCAGUGCUUACAUUAGCAAAAUGCCUUCCCAACAAAUAUAACGAAGUAGAAAUUUCUUCAGAAGAUGAUCAAAGUUUCAUAAAUUGCGCAGAUCUUGUAGAAAGUCACAUAAAAGAAGAUACUUUGCACUCUGAAAAAUUAAAAGUGAAAAGAGUGAGAAGAGAAAAGCGAAGUCGAAAAAUGGGACCUCCAUGUCUACCCUCUUGUCGGACCCAGUGUAGCAAGAAAUUAAAUGAAAUUCAAAGAAAAAGCCUUCAUGACAAAUUUUGGCAUUCAAUGAACUGGCAAGAAAGAAAACAGUUCAUAAUGAAUACAGUCGAAGAAUUUCCUAUAAAAAAUAGAUCAAUAACUGGUACUCGCAAAAAGAGAAAUUUUAGUAGAAAAUAUACUUUACCAGGAAAAAAGAAUAUGAUAACAGUAUGCCAGAAAAUGUAUUUAAAUACUCUUUCAUUAUGUAGUGGGUUCCUCUGUACAAUUCAUAUAUGGGCAUCUCAGGUAAAGUGGUAAUUAUCACAACAAUAUAUCACUAGUAAAAUUUGCAUGUAAGAUUAACGUUAAAAAUACUCAAUUCAACGAUCCCUUUUUUCUAGACUAUAAAAGAUAUAUAUUUUGAUUUAUAAAAUUACCCAUUUAAUAACUCGAAUUAGAUUAAGUAGUUUUUUGUACUUUAGAGUUUUAAAUAAUAGUACAAAUUUUUAGUUGCACGUUCUUCAUUAUUUAUUUUUAAUUUAAUAUUUUAAUCAGCUAUGAGCUAGAAAUUACUAAAUUAUAUAUUCUAAUAGUAUUAACCUUAAUAUUAAUAUAUCACUAAAAGCUUGAACAGAGCCACUUUAUGACAAUUUCUAACAUUUUUUAAUACUUAGAUUCAUAAUAACAUGAUUAAUCUGUUGUUUAGAUAAAUCUAGUGACCCCCAAAUUCUUCAUAUUUAUUUCUACUAUACUAUACAGUUUGUACUGGCGAUUUAAUAUCUAACCGCUAAGUUCCGACAGUACCUAUUUGAAAUACUCCGCGAUUUAUUUGUCAUUGUAGGAAAUCGACCAGUGCUCACCUGAUGAAGGGUAAAGGCCGAGAAACCGGUUGUGAGAGGUUGGUUGAUUUUCCCGCAAUGACAAACACAACGUGGACUUAGAAUUUUUCAUAGCUUUUCAUUCAAGGCAAGAAUUAUAUAAUCUAUUUAUAUGUAAAGUUAUAUGGGAAAUGUCACCGAUCUCCGUUUCCAAGCCAACUGGACGGCGUUUUUUUUCUCGAUCAUAAGGUAUUAGUUACCUAGUAAUCAUUAUACAAAAAUUAAAGAUCAAUGAGAUUAAGAUGUGAGACAUUAUUUUGUAUGAAGAAUAUUUUUAUCAACCAUUUUUAACAAAUUGACGCUCUUUCUGAAAUUAUUAAAAUACCACGAAAUAUCUAGUUAAUAUCGCUUUUGAAAAUAUAAUAUAUAUUAUAAUAAUAUACAGGGUGUCUCAGAUUUUAA